GUACUUCUGCUGUGCAGCAAUGGGCUCAGUCACUGCUGCAAGCCUAGGCAUCUGGUUUAUGCUACUUGACUUCAUAUUGUAUAUCUCAAGUCAUCUAGGGCAAGAUUGCGACCUUACUAGGUAUCAGAGAUUCCUUUGAUACUACUGCAGUACUGUAGGUAGUAAGUAACCAAUGCGUUGUAUCUGAGGACAGCUCUGGAUCCGCCGCUGGAAGUCUUCCCAUACAUACUGUACUCCUUUAUUAACCCUCCGCUUCUCCUUCAUCGUCACCACCAUCCGCUCAUUCUUUUCUUCUCUUCCCAUCUCAAACCAAAGAAAAUCAAAGUUCUCGGCCACAGUCAUGGGCUUUGCGUCUAAGAUCUCUAACGCUCAAAUGAACAAUCCUGGUGUGUACGGGGGAGCUCCUCCGACCGGCUACACGGGCGGCCCUCCUCCUGCUGGUGGAUAUCAGCAACAGCAACAGCAACAGCAGCCUCAGCAAUCCCAGCAAUAUCAGGCUUAUCCUGGUAGUUCGAGCCCCGGCUAUCCUCCUCAGAAUGCACCUUACCCUGGUGGACCUGUACGCGCUCCUCAGCAGGCAGCACCAGGAGCUGCCUAUGGUGCUCCAGGCGCUCCCCCAGCCGGCGCUGCUGGACCUGCAACUCCCCAGCAAACCGAAUCUUAUCGUCAGCUCUUGAUCGCUACAAUUCAGGAAAAGAACCUCCAGCAAUUUUACCCCCAGGAUAGAUUAAAUGCUUUGGUUCAAGGACUUUCCAGGGAUGGCCCUGCUAAGAUCAACAGGAUCAUGAAUGAGUGGUCUAUGCCUCUGGAAAUCGCCAUGGAUAUUAUUAAGCUUUCUCUGUACGACGUCGUCCUCUAUGUUGAUGACAGUGGAUCGAUUGAGUUCGAGGAAAAGGGUCUGAGAAAGGAACAGUUGAAGCAGAUUCUCGGCAUCGUCGCGACUGCUGCAUCCACCUUCGAUCAGGAUGGAAUUUCUGUGCGGUUUAUGAACUCUGAUCUGGCGGCAGAUGGAAUCCGCAACGUUCAAGAUGUCGAUCAGCUCUUCGCGCGUGCUCGAUUCUCAGGCAUGACACCCUUGGGUACAAACCUGCGACACAAGGUGCUUGAGCCAUUAGUUAUUGGGCCCGCAAGAGCGAACCGCCUGCAAAAGCCGGUCCUUGUCAUCACCAUUACCGAUGGACAGCCCGCUGGAGAGCCAUUGGAUAGCGUGGCUAAUGGAAUCCGUCACACCGUUGACGAACUUGCAAGAACCCCAUACGGACGAGGUGGUGUCGCCUUCCAGUUUUCACAGGUUGGAAAUGAUAUCAAGGCCCGCGACUUCCUCCAGAGCCUGGAUAUUGAUCCUACUAUCGGAUCAUUGGUUGACUGCACAUCCAACUUUGAAGUUGAGCAGGAUGAAAUGUCACGCGCCAGCCCACCAGUUCACCUGACCCGCGAGCUUUGGUGCGCUAAAUUGAUGCUGGGAUCUAUUGAUUCGUCAUACGAUACCAAGGAUGAGAAGAGUAGCGGCCGCGGCGGUGCGGUCGGGGGACCCCCUCCUCCUGGGCAAUAUGGUGGCUACAGCCAGCCCGGCCAAUACAAUCAAGCUCCAGCUCCCAGCUACGGCUCUCCCGCUCCAUACCCAGGACAGCAGUCAUACAGCCCAGCCCCUUAUUCUCCAAGCAGCCAACCGUCUUAUGGUCAGCAACAGUAUGGACAACCACAGUACGGCCAACAGCCGCAGUAUGGACAGCAGCCCCAGUAUAGUCAGCAACCGCAGUAUGGACAGCAAUCGCAAUACGGUCAGCAACCCCAAUACGGUCAGCAACAGUACGGAGGUUACCAGCAGCAGCAGCAGCAGCAGCAGCCUCCCCCGGGAGCUCGCUCAGGAUACCCUCCCCAGCAGCCACAUUAUGGACAGGGUCCACCUAGAUACUGAGCGUGAAGCUAGGGUGAAAAAUAUGAUGUAGACACGGAACUGACUAAAGGGGGACGAGGAGGGGAAGAUCGCGAUGAGCUUCUUUAUAUCUAUGGGGGCGUACCUUUUUUUUUUUUUUUUUUUUUUUUUUUUU